CUCUACUCUUUUUUAUUUAUAUUUUCACCUAUAACAAUGAGCUUGUUCAACGCAUUUUCUAUACAAAACAAGCUCAAGGCCAAGGCCAAGCCCAAGGCCAAGCCCAAGGCCAAGCCCAAGCCCAAGGUCACUGCCACAUACACAUACCGUGGAGAACAAUACAUAUUUCCUCUAGAAAUACUCAGCUCUACUACGGUUAAAGAAGUAUUAAUCCAAAUGUUUGCGGCUUUGAAAGCUAAAAAGCUACCCGCACCAGGCGCAAAAAUUGACGAUAAAGACAAACUAAUCCUUACUGUGGAGAGCAAAAAUAUCUCUAAUUUUAAUUAUUAUGAAAGCCGUUUGUUAGAAGUCGAGAAGUUAAUGAAAAAAUAUAAAUUGGAUAAAUUAAAUUUUGUGCUUAAAAUAGAGAAAAACAGCAAGUGCAUAGAUGGCUACCCACCUGGUGCAUUACAACAUAUGCCAGUACAAAUGCUGAAGGCACAAAAAUCACAGUCAAAUUCAAAUGCCACAUUGUCAAGAGUUACUACUACUCAGUCACCAAGGACUGCAACACAAUAUCCCACAUAUAUUCUACAGCCAGUGACAAAUAAUAACCAUUCAGGAAGAAAGUUGCAAAAUAACAGUAUUGUCAUGGAGAGAGUUGUCAAGAACAGACCAGUUAUGAGAGUUUCUCUUGACAGUUCAACUUUCUUUCCUCUUAACUAAGAAUGUGAAAGUAUAUAGCCCACCACCUGUUUAUCAGCAUCCCACCUACUUAUGAAGCAUCCCGAAAUGGUAGGCACACCAGUGUAUCUAACAGAUGAGUAAAAUACUAAUCAACGUUGCAUGAAAGGAAAAUCUAGAUAACAAUAUUAGCUUUGAGUUUGCAUCAGCAAGGUAUAACAUGACAAGCAGGCAUUAUUUUGUUUUAUUCUCUGAAGGUAUAUUCUUUUCAUUUCGUUACACUGGUUACAUUUUUUACAUUCAAAUUAGAAUAAUAAAAUAUAUACAAAACAUAAUCGACAUUGUUAUUAUAUUAGGACAGAUUUAAACAAACGCCAACAUUUUUCAUUUACUGGUGCCUAAUUUCCCAUCAAUCAAACAAUCAGAUUACUAGAUUGGGUACGCAAAUAAAUACAGGCAAAUCAG